CUUAAUCAGUGUUUGCAAAAUGGCAGCCUCCAUAUAGAAAACAAACUUGUUGCUUUCACGACAGCUUGAGCGGUAUUUGGUUUUAAUCUACAGAUGUGACGAUGACGCUGUUGCUGGUGCUGUGCUGCCUAGGGUUGUGGACGCUGUUGUACCUGCUGCUGUGUCGACUCAACCCUGGGCGGCGCUGUGAGUGGCACUGUCGCUCUGUCACCGCCAUCCACGCCCUCCUCAUCACCUCACUAGCGGCCUGGUGCAGCUUCAUCCAGGGACCCUGGCCUUUCACCCAUGCAGGAGGCCCGAACACCCCACUCCAGUACCUGACCACGUCCAUCUGCCUCGGCUACUUCAUCUUCGACUUCUCCUGGUGUCUCUACUUCAAAACCGAGGGGCCAGCAAUGAUGGCCCAUCAUGCUCUCAGUAUAUUUGGGCUGACCGUCACCCUGGUGGCAGGGAAGUAUGGCACCGAGCUGGUCGCCACCAUCUGUGGCGCUGAACUCACCAACCCCUUGUUGCAGCUCCGCUGGUUUCUCCGUGAGACGGGACAAUAUCACACGAUCGUUGGAGAAAUUGUGGACAUAUUGUUCAUGGGGACCUUUGGCAUGCUGAGGAUCGGGGUGGGGUCAGUGCUUUUGUACAGCUACUUCCAACAGCCUACUGACUUCUUCGGCCGAUUAGGCGGCGUGUGCAUAUACGCGAUUGGUUGGGUGUUCUGGAUAGCCAUUGUUCAGUAUGCCAUCAAGAAAUACACAAAACGGUGGAAUGCAUGGAAGAGAAAAAGGAAAAACAAUGGCAGCUCUGUUGUUUCCAAGUCAGAUUCGAGACAUGAAACGUUGUCAGGUAACUCUGAAAUGACACAGACAGCAGAUAUAUUAGUUGGUCAGAAGGUAUGUUCACACUCAGAAUCACUGGAAGACAUUCCGUCUCAGGGAGAGCUGAAGAAACCUAACGGGUACUUGCGGGUCGGAAAGCCACUGCCGCCAUCGCCAGAAGGAAGUGACGGGAUCAUCAACGGAAUUGUUCACAGUCACAUAUCCUGUCUGGUGCCCGAGGCGGACAAGAAAAACGUGUGACACACUUGCUUGUUGUCUCUGGACCUUGAACAGGACUACGUCGACCAUUCAAAAUCAACUCAGAAGCAACAUUUGUUGAGGAACCUUUACAGGAAUUUCCAAGUAUUUUUGACUAAUUUUUUGGCUGUCAUUUUGUAACAUGAAUGUUUUUUUAUAUGUGUAUGAAUUAUGCUCAAAUUGGAUUAUUGCCAGCAUUAUUGAUCUCCGACACAUUGGGAUCAAAUCUUUGACAACUAUUGACUGAAAGGAGUGAUGUUUCUUACUGUAAUGCUUCAUGUAACCGUGAAACCCUUUCAGUUAGACUGCCUUAACUCGGGUUUAAGACGGUGUCUCUGCAUGGCUCCAGCUCAUGGGAAUGACCCCUCUGGUAUAAUGUCAGAGGUAAGUACGAUCUGGGCAGAGUCAUUACGACAUUUUGCACCAAAUUCCACCAAUACGAUAAAAAGGCCAAAAAAUAAAUAGCCAGUUAUAUGGUCUACCGUAGUUAAUAAUUACACUAUCUGCCCAAAGCCUAAGACCUGCCUCGCUUUCCUUGCACUUCAAGCUGACACGCCGUAAGAUAACAGAAAUACUGUUGAGGGCAGAGUAAGGCACUAUGUGUAUUGAUGCAGGCAUGCUUGUGCCUGAAACUAAGGACUUGUGUCGAGGUGAGCCGUCCUACCUGUAGAGAGGGGCGGUCGGGUAGCCUAGUGGUUAAAGCGUUCGCUCGUCACACCGAAGACCCGGGUUCGAUUCCCGUCAUGGGUAAAAUAUGUGAAGCCCAUUUCUGGUGUCCCCCACCGUGAUAUUGCUGGAAUAAUGCUAAAAGCGACGUAAAACCAAACUCACUCACUCACUACCUGUAAAGAUGCUACUGUGAUUCUUGCCUGUACCCUCAGUCUCAAUGUCAUUGCUACAGAAGUGGACAGUAGUUUAUUGUGUAAUUCUUUUAAUGAUUUGAAAAGAAACGUGGCAAAAUAAAUUUUAAGUUUUGCUUUAAAAUAUUUCAUCCCACCGAAUGCAUCAUUAUGUGUUGAGUCCUGUGUUGGCCCUGAAAAGACUUUUUUUUUUUAAAGACCAACCUAGUAGGGCUGGAAUGUGUCCAAAUUUACUCCCCGGGUACCCACCCCUCUAUUACCCGACCCUACCCGGGUACCCACUGUAGGUCUCUGGAGAUGUCUCAAAAUGUCUGAUUUGGAACUUUUUAGCAUAGCCAUGACAAAACGUAUUCAGAUGCAUGUAUUAAACAAUCUGGUCAUGCAUACACUGAAGUUGACUAAGUUAUUUGUAUAAUCAACCAUAUUCAAAGUCAGAAGGAAUGGGUGCAUAGUCAGAAAGAAAUGCGAACAUUAGUGACUUGUAGUGUAACCGAAGAGUUCCAGAUAAUUUUUGUCAUUAAACAAUAUAUCACGUGACUAACCCUUGGUCCGGGUAGUCCUGUGGAUACCCGGGUCCUACUCAGUACCCAUCCUACCCAGGUACCCAAGUUACCCGUCCCAGCCCUACAACCUAGAUUUGUUUGCCAAAAUAUCUGUAAAAAAGGAAAUUUAAAACAUUUCCCAGUGACGAUGACGGGCAUCCUCUGAAUAUAUGGUUAUCUCACGAUUACCAGUAUUACAAUAUUUGAUACAAAGUAUUGUUCACAAUCGCACUUCACAGUUGACUGUGUUGAUUUGGUUGGUUUGUUGUUUUACGCCACACUCAGCAAUAUUCCAGCUAUAUGACGGCAGUCUGGAAAUAAUCGAGUCUGGACCAGACAAUCCAGUG